AUGGUAACUUCCCCAAUACUCAAGUUUUAUCUGUUGAUACUUAUUUUCUACAGUGAAUUCCUACAGGUAGUAACCGGACAAGCUGUGAAAUGUGACAAGAAUUCGAUUGAAAAGGAAGUUCAAUCUAUAUCGUCUACAGACAGAUUCAAUAGAAUCGUGAAAUACAUGGAAGACACCGGUUGUAAUUUUAACAACAAACAAUAUUAUGAAGAAAAUUUAUACAAGUUGGGCUUAAAUAAACUAUCUAAUGAUGAGGAGUUGGAAAGUAUAUCUAUAUUCCAAAAAAUUAAAGACACGCACUGGAAGCAUUUAGCCAAGGAAAGACUAGAUAAAUUGAAGUUGCUUUUUGGCAUUAAUGUUGAUGGCAAUUUACCAAUUUACGAAAAAUAUAAAAUUUCGCCAUAUUCUAAAGAAAUAUCAUUAGAAUAUGUAUCAUAUCUUUUGAAAAAUAUUAAUAAGUCACUUGAAGAAGAGGACGACGAUGAAGAUGAUGAAUUAAAUAUCUAUUUAAAUUCUCAGCAUAUCGUUAAAGUAUUGCAAACAAUUUUAGACAAACACAGGAAAUAUUUAACUAUUGAAGAGAAACUUUCUUACUAUGAAGUUAUAUCUAUUUUGCAAACGUUCAUUUUAAACCAACAGCAAUCUGCUUUAAAUAAUUUAAGAAAAUGCAUUGCUAUAGAUAUGGAUUAUAAACCGUGCAUUGCGCUAUCAAAAUUAGUUUCAAAAAUUGGUAAAAUCAAUCCAAAUGUCGCUUCUGUUGAAGAAGACGAAUCUUUUUUCUUAUUUAAUUAUGAUAAAAAAUGGGCGCAAAAAACCAUCAAGUUUUAUACAACAGACACUUCAAUAGAUAGGAAAAAUAAACAGUACAAAAACAACUAUGAUUUGAUAGUUGGAUUACAAAAACAAUUUUUCAGUCAAAACCAAUAUUUAAAUAAAAUAACCAAGAUCAAUUUCAAGGAAACAGAGUUACUUAGGUUUAUUCAUACUUUAUUGACAAUUGCAUACGAUACAACAGGAGAAAAGGAAAAAUCUCGAACUUUUUUGAAUAAAAUAAUUGAUUUAAAGAAACAAUAUAGCAGAGAGGAAAUCGACACAGUUUGGAAUGUUUUUUCUCCUCAUAUAGCAUUACAUCUAAUAAAUAAAGAAUCUAAACAUAUUUCAUUGAAUGAUAUAGUCGGGUUUUUCAAAAGUAAAAAAAUAUGGGAUAAAGAUCCAAAUGAGUUUAAAAAUCAUUUAUUUAAAAUUUCUAUGGCCCGUUAUCAUAAAAAAUUUGAAGUUGAACAAAAGAAAAAUCAACAACAACAACAGCAACAACAGCAACAACAACACCAACAGUUUUUCCAGCAACAAUUUUUCCAACAACAACAGCAACAACAGCAACAGCAACAACAACAGCAGCAACAGCAAAGUGGUAUAGAUACUGAAAAAGAUUAUUACAAAAUUUUAGGAGUUCCAAAAACUGCAAAUAAGAAAGAAAUUAGAAGUGCAUACUUGAAGAUGAUCAAGAAACAUCACCCUGAUAAACAAAAAAACGAGGAAGAUAGAGAAAAAACGGAAAAGCUGGUACACGACAUCAAUGGUGCUUAUGAAAUAUUAAGCGAUGAAGACAAGAAAAAACAAUAUGAUUCUAUAAUAGCCGGUGGUGGUAAUGGUGGUCAUUCUUUCCAUGGCAAUAAGGGGUCCAGCGGUGGUUAUGGUGGAGGUAAUAAUCCGCUUAACAUGUUUAAACAAGCAAAUUUUAAAGUUAAUCGUGAUGGAAGAGGUUUCGGUGGCUUCCCAUUCGGUUAA